CAAAAAGAAAAGUAAAGAAUGUAGUAAUAGUGUUGUUGGUGGUGUUGGAGUUGGAGGAAUUGAUAGUGCUUUUAAUAUUUGUAAAAGUGGCAAUAUUAGUGAUAUUGGUGACAUUGGUGUGAAGGUUGGUCCAGUCUAUCAGGAAGUUGAGUAG